AUGGGUAAAUUUAAUCUUUCUCAUAGAGUAGUUUUAGCACCGUUGACCAGAUCUAGAUCCUACAACAACGUUCCACAACCUCAUACUAUACUCUAUUACUCUCAAAGAGCCUCUAAUGGAGCUCUUCUCAUAUCCGAAGCUACCGGUGUUUCUGAAACUGCUCAAGGCUAUCCAAACACGCCAGGUAUAUGGACAAAAGAGCAAGUAGAAGCGUGGAAACCUAUUGUAGAUGCUGUUCAUGCCAAAGGUGCUACAUUCUUUUGUCAACUUUGGCAUGUUGGAAGAAUGUUUGAUUCUGCUGGUAAAACACCAGUAUCUUCUACUGAUAAAAUACUCACACCAAAAAUUGGAGAUGAUGGUACUGUAAUAUCACAAUUCAUACAACCGAGGAGACUAAGAAGAGAAGAAAUUCCUGAUAUUGUCAAUCAUUUUAGACUCGCUGCAAGAAAUGCUAUUGAAGCUGGUUUUGAUGGGGUUGAGAUGCAGGGAGCUAAUGGCUAUCUACUUGAGCAAUUCAUGAAAGAUAAAGUGAAUGAUAGAACCGAUGAAUAUGGUGGAUCUCUUGAGAAUCGUUGUAGAUUUGUUUUGGAAGUUGUUGAAGCUGUUGUAAAUGAGAUAGGUGGAGAAAGAGUUGGAAUAAAAUUGUCACCAUUUUCAGAACUUGGAGAAUGUGGAGAGUCGAAUCCGAAAGAAUGUGUUCACAGCUUGGAGCCAAUGAGAAAAGCUUUCAAUGAUGGACAUAACUACGGCGAAUGGAGUAGCUCAAUGCGCCUCAGCCUCAGCGCCAAGAGCAAACUUGGCUUAAUCGAUGGAACCGUGAAAGUGUCAUUGGCGGCUGAUUCGAGAUUUCCUUAA